AUGACGAUCGCCAUUGGCAUCAGGAGGCCCAUGGCUGACUCUGCCUUCCUGCUGGUCCCGAGGACAGAGCCUGAACCGUCAGCCCGUGCUGAGCAGGACAGGGGCAGCGGAUGUUCAUUCCUUGGUGACACCCCUGCAAAGACACGGGACAGCCCGGUGGGUCCCAUGGAGACGGUGGUGGGAGGAGGGACCUUCAUGUUCUUAGUUCUGGGGAUCCCGAAAGCUCUUAUUCACAGCUUUGUCAUUCUCCCACCUGGUCCUGCCAUCACAGGAAUCCCCCAGCCCCACCCGUCAUGGCAGGAAGGAGUCCAUCCGUUCACAGGGCACCUAGACACGUCUCUCCUCCCAGCCCAUGCUUGCACUUCUCUCCCUGGCAUUCCAGGCAGAGACCCACUGGUCACUGCGCUCUCUCCUCGGGCUCCUGGCGAACCACGGUGCAGAGCGGGGAGUCGCCCCUGCGGAGCCCGCGGCCGCGGCUAUGGCCGAGGCACAGGCAGAAUCACCGAGCGCUGCCCUAGGGAUGCACGCCAGACCUCUGUCUUGUCCCUGCUCUUUGAUUUUGCUGCCAAGGCCACUCCUGCCUGCAUUCUGUGCCUUUUCCCCUCUUGCUCUGAGGGAGACCUAAAGGCCGAGGGUUGGCCCCCUUGCCACCAGGACACGGCUCCACGUCAUGUGGUGGAGAACAUCUAUGAAUGUAAUGAAGAAAAUCAAUGUGGAAAAACUUUCAGCCAAAUUUCACAUCUUAAUAUACUGAAGAGAACUAUUGAUGUAAAAUCCUAUGAAUGCUGUGAAUGUAAACAGGUUUUCACAGAUUGUCUAUCCCUUAAGAAUCACAUCAAGUCUCACACAGGAAACAAACUCUAUCAGCGUAAAGAAUGCGGGAAAGCAUUAUACUUUCUCACUUGUUUUAAGAAGCAUGUGAAAACUCCCACUGAAGAGAAACCCUAUGAAUGUAAGGAAUGUACCAAAUCCUUCAGUUGUUCUUCAUUCUUUACGGCGCAUAUGAAGAUUCACUCUGGAAAGAAACAUGAAAGUAAGGAAUGUGGGACAACCUUCAGCUAUUCUUCAUCCCUCACAGAACACAAAAGAAUUCAUAGUGGAGAUAAGCCUUAUGAAUGUAAGGAGUGUGGGAAGGCCUUCAGCUGUUCCUCUUCACUCUCCAAACACCAAAGAAUUCAUAGUGGAGAUAAGCCAUAUGAAUGUAAGGAGUGUGGGAAAGCCUUCAGUUCUUCCUCUCACCUUAUAAUACAUAUACGAAUUCAUACUGGAGAGAAGCCUUACGAAUGCAAAGAGUGUGGGAAGGCCUUCAGUGAGUCCUCAAAACUCACCAUCCAUGUCAGAACACACGGAGAGAAACCCUAUUAAUGUAAGGAAUGCGGGAAAGCAUACAACUGUCCCUCCUCCUUAAGUAUCCAUGUGAGGAAACAUAUUGGAGAGAAGCCAUAUGAAUGUCUGGAAUGUGGAAAAGCCUUCUAUCUUCCCACUUCCCUUAAUAUGCAUGUGAAAAAUCAAAGUAGGGAGAAACCCUAUGAAUGUAAAGAAUGCAGAAAAGCCUUCAGUUGUCCCUUGUCCUUCAGCGUACAUGUGAGAGAUCACACUGGAAAGAUACAGUAUGAAUGUAAGGAAUGCGGGAAGGCCUUCAGUUGCUCCUCCUCCCUCACUGAACACCUAAGAACUCACAGUGGAGAGAAGCCUUAUGAAUGUAAGGAAUGUGGCAAAGCCUUUAUUAAUUCCUUCCACCUUAGUGUACAUCUCUAG